AUGCUUCAUCGUGCGAUCGCCCGCUCUGCCGUCAAGGCCCAGGCACUGGGCACAACCUCUCGUCCGGCUCUGCUCUCAUCACAAGUUCGACAAUUCUCAUUCACUACACAGCGUUCCAACAACAAGUCCGACGACCCGGAAAAUGAUCCCCUUCUUCGGGCAAGCUCCCCGGAGCACCAGGGUAAAUUCGCUCGCACCGACGAGAGCGUGCAAAUUGAAUAUCCUCCCGACAGCGAAAUGCCAGCUCAGCCCGUGGUCCAGGGGCGCGGAGGGAUGCAUUUCAAGCGCACAUUGGCCCAGUUCUCCUUGGAGAAUAAGGUCAGUUUGGUGACAGGUGGUGCGCGAGGGUUGGGUUUGGUGAUGGGACAAGGAUUGGUUGCGUCGGGGUCAGAUCUGGCCAUCGUGGAUUUGAACAAGGCCGAGGCCGAAGAACAGGCUGGAAAGCUCGUCGAACAAUUCCGCAAGGAGAACCCUGGACUUGAGCAAAUGCCCAACGUCACCGCUCACUACGCCGAUGUCUCGAACCCAACUUCCGUCCAAGAAGCGCUUGCUGAAAUUCUGGAGAAGCACAAGCGCAUCGACAACCUCGUCACAUCAGCCGGUUUCACAGAGAACUUCGACGCCAUCAGCUACCCAUUUGACCGCAUGAAGAAGCUCUGGGGCGUCAACGUGGACGGUACCUACCUGUUUGCGACGGGCGUGGCCAAACAUCUGAUGGAACGCAAGGCCCCGGGAAGCAUUGUCAUGAUCGGAUCCAUGUCCGGAUCCAUCGUCAACGUGCCCCAGCCACAGGCCCCAUACAACGCCGCCAAAGCUGCGGUGCGUCAUCUGGCGGCUUCGUUGGCCGUCGAGUGGGCGGCCCAGGAUAUCCGAGUGAACUGCAUCAGCCCGGGAUACAUGUUGACCGCACUUACACGCAAAAUCCUUGAUGAAAACCCCCAGCUCCGUGACAAGUGGAUCUCCCUGAUUCCCGCCGGUAAAAUGGGAACUCCGGAGGACCUGAUGGGAGCGGUAACGUUCCUGCUCAGUGAUGCCUCCAAGUAUAUUACGGGUGCAGAUCUUCGCGUCGAUGGCGGUUACACCUUGACUUGA